GAGUCAAAUCCUAGCUUUAGGGGGCCCGAACAGGGAUACCUUUCUGUGUUAGACAGCGAAACCUACUCAUCCCUAACCCCCUUCCUUGCUCCGACGCGGGGCUUCGAGUCGUGCGGAGGCCAGCUCUGCUCGGUCCAGUUCCUGUCACCCGGGGAGGAGGGGCGGGCGGGGCGGCCGCUGCCUCCCCGGGACGGGCGGUACCAUCCAGGCGGGGAGAAUUGGGCUUGGUGACGGCGGGGCUGCGGCACCGCCCGGGGGCGGGGUGCGGAACGGGACUGCCGGCUCCCUGGGGCGGGGCCCCCGGGCCGGGGGGGCGGAGCGUGGGGCGGACGGAACCACCGGGGCGGGGUGGGGAGGUAACGGGACGGGCGCGACCAUGGCUCGGUGAGGGAGUGGGGGUAGGGAUCGGUCCGGGGGAGGCCUGGGGCCGCUGGGUUGUGCGCGGUCUCCGCCGCCCCCCCUUUUGCCGCCGCCGCCGCCGCCGCCCCGGGCAUGUCGUCCAAUUGCACCAGCACCACGGCGGUGGCGGUGGCGCCGCUCAGCGCCAGCAAGACCAAGACCAAGAAGAAGCAUUUCGUGUGCCAGAAAGUGAAGCUAUUCCGAGCCAGCGAGCCGAUUCUCAGCGUCCUGAUGUGGGGGGUGAACCACACGAUCAAUGAACUAAGCAAUGUCCCUGUCCCUGUCAUGCUAAUGCCAGAUGACUUCAAAGCCUACAGCAAGAUCAAAGUGGACAAUCAUCUCUUCAAUAAGGAGAACCUCCCCAGUCGCUUCAAGUUUAAGGAGUACUGUCCCAUGGUGUUCCGAAAUCUCCGGGAGAGGUUUGGGAUUGAUGAUCAGGAUUACCAGAAUUCAGUGACUCGCAGUGCUCCCAUCAACAGUGACAGCCAGGGCCGAUGUGGCACGCGUUUCCUCACCACCUAUGACCGGCGCUUUGUCAUCAAGACUGUGUCAAGUGAGGAUGUGGCUGAGAUGCACAACAUCCUAAAGAAAUACCACCAGUUUAUAGUGGAGUGUCAUGGCAACACCCUUCUGCCACAGUUCCUGGGCAUGUACCGCCUGACCGUGGAUGGUGUGGAAACCUACAUGGUGGUCACGAGGAACGUGUUCAGCCAUCGGCUUAAUGUACACCGCAAAUACGACCUCAAGGGCUCUACUGUUGCCAGAGAAGCAAGUGACAAAGAGAAGGCCAAGGACUUGCCAACAUUCAAAGACAAUGACUUCCUCAAUGAAGGGCAGAAGCUACAUGUGGGGGAGGAAAGUAAAAAGAACUUCCUAGAAAAGCUGAAAAGGGACGUCGAGUUCCUAGCCCAGCUGAAGAUUAUGGACUACAGCCUGCUGGUGGGCAUUCACGAUGUGGACCGGGCUGAGCAGGAAGAGAUGGAAGUGGAGGAGCGGGCAGAGGACGAGGAGUGUGAGAAUGACGGGAUGGGCGGCAACCCACUCUGCUCCUACGGCACUCCUCCAGACAGCCCUGGCAACCUCCUCAGCUUUGCCCGCUUCUUUGGCCCUGGGGAAUUUGACCCCUCUGUUGAUGUCUAUGCUAUGAAGAGCCAUGAAAGCGCCCCCAAGAAGGAGGUUUAUUUCAUGGCCAUCAUUGAUAUCCUCACGCCAUAUGAUGCGAAGAAGAAAGCUGCACAUGCUGCCAAAACCGUGAAACAUGGGGCCGGGGCUGAGAUCUCGACUGUGAACCCUGAGCAGUACUCCAAACGCUUCAACGAAUUCAUGUCCAACAUCCUGACGUAG